CCUGCCCUCAGUCAACAGAACAGCCUUCCACUUGUUAAGUCAUGCUAACUGGAUCUUGGACUUAUUGCUCAGCUAUGCAAUAGAGAGGAGGAUUAGCCAAGCACCAGAGCAAGGACCUGGACUUUUGCCUUUUCUUUGAUCACCUUUAACAACGAUUCUUCUUUGUCUUCUUCACUUGUGUUCCUACAUCUGUGUGACUGCUCUCCACAAUGACCAUCUUAUCAGAGGACCAGCCUGCAAGGCCCCAACCCUGCAAGCUCCCGGAACCGGGCAAACACGUCACCACAUCUUUGCAGCAGUACACCACAGACUACCCUGGCUCCAAAGAGGACUACAUGACCAGCGGAGAGAGCGCCGUGUUUGGGAUCGUGGAGCCCCCCAGACGCUCCCGAGGUCGCCUCAUCCUGCACAGCCUCGUGAUGUUUGGUCGGGAGUUUUGCUACGCUGUCGAGGCGGCCUUUGUGACUCCAGUGCUGCUGAGCGUGGGCCUUCCCCGCAGUCUGUACAGCCUCGUGUGGUUGAUCAGCCCCAUCCUGGGGUUCCUACUGCAACCUGUUAUCGGCUCGGCCAGCGACUACUGUCGCUCCCCUUGGGGGCGGCGGAGGCCCUACAUCCUGGUCCUUGGCAUCAUGAUGCUGAUAGGGAUAAGCAUGUUCCUCAAUGGAGAUGCUUUCAUUUCAGCGCUGGUCAGUGACAGGUCACUGAAGAGCAUCUGGGCCAUCGUCGUGGUGAUGUUCGGGGUCGUGCUGUUUGACUUCGCCGCUGAUUUUAUCGACGGCCCUAUCAAGGCCUACCUGUUUGAUGUGUGCUCACAUUCAGACAAGGAGAGAGGUCUGCACUACCACGCUCUGUUCACAGGACUGGGCGGAGCUUGUGGCUACCUGGUGGGAGCUAUGGACUGGGGCCACUCUGUUCUCGGUCGUCUGUUGGGCUCCGAGUACCAAGUCAUCUACUUCUUCUCGGCUCUCACCUGGGGCUUCUUCCUCACCGUGCACCUGUUUAGCAUCCCAGAACAACCUCUGUGCAAGGACCCCUCAGUGUCUGACUGCUCUUCUCCCAGUGCCCUCCGCUUACUGGGCUCCCAAAGCAACGGCUACGGAGCACUCAGUAAGGAGCCCAGCUCCACCGCGGCCCCCACAUCUGUUUCAGAUGUCAGGCCAAGAUCCUAUUCAGCUUUGGGCGAAAGGCCGCGAUCUUUCUCAGCUCUGGGAGAAGCUAACGCAGUGACAUCCAGUUCCAAGCAGCCAAACAAGGAGCAGAAGAAGAUGACAUUCAGGUCCCUGAUGAAAGCUAUAAUCCACAUGCCAAACCACUACCGCUGCCUGUGCAUCAGUCACUUGCUGGGAUGGGCGGCUUUUCUCUGCAACAUGCUCUUCUUUACUGAUUUCAUGGGACAGAUUGUUUACAAAGGAAAUCCUUAUGCGGAACACAACUCUACAGCGUACGCCACAUAUGAGAGAGGUGUAGAAGUCGGCUGCUGGGGAUUGUGUAUUAAUGCAGUGUCUUCUGCGCUCUACUCGUACGUGCAGCGCUUCCUGCUUCCAUACAUCGGCCUCAAAGGUUUAUACUUCAUGGGCUACUUUGUGUUCGGCAUGGGAACCAGCCUAAUUGGCCUCUUCCCGGAUGUCAUCGCCACCCUCAUCCUCUGCAGCGUGUUUGGCGUCAUGUCCAGCACGCUCUACACCAUCCCAUUCAACUUAAUUGCAGAGUAUCAGCGUGAGGAGGAGGAACAACCAAAGCUACAAGGCGGCAACAAAAGCCCUCGAGGCACCGGCAUGGACUGCGCGACGCUCACCUGCAUGGUCCAGCUGGCUCAGAUCAUUGUGGGAGCGGGGCUCGGAGGUCUGGUCAUCGCAGCUGGAAGUGUAAUUGUGGUUGUCCUGUCAGCCUCCGCUAUGUCUUUGAUAGGCUGCAUUUUCAUUGCUCUCUUUAUCAGAUAUGUGGAAUGAUACUGCUACGAAAUAAAUGUUAAUGUUGCUGUAUUAAUGAAUAAAUAAAUAAAGCCCCUUUGUUAUAUUGUUAGAUGGUCUUCUGAAACGGUGUGCUCACUUGUUUUACUUUUUUUUUAUGUUUGCUGUGCAGACAAAGGUGUGACUGCUCUCGUCGCAGGGAGUCCACACUUCUUACUUCUGUUUAAUUUCACGUCAACUUUCUGACAUUCGUUGAAACCACGAAACACAUUGUAACAGUGAAUAUGUUUUAUCUUUUUGUUUCCAAAGUAGUACAGUGGAAUUGUAUUUAUGUAAAUUACAACUAAUUUUACCACAUUGUCCUGGUAGGCCUGGUAGAGUAAAUCACAAGACUAUGAACCUUCUAAGAUUAUUUCCAGCAUUACCACUUCUCCUUCCUUCUCCCAGUCACAUGAUCUACGUCACAAACCUUUAUUCGUUAAAGAAAGAGCAGCACUAUAAUAAAAUAAUGUCUUAGAUUUGUGAAUGUGCAACACCAGUGUACAAAGGAAAAGCUUAGGUUACAAAACAUGCAAAUGUAGCGGUUGGCAACAGCAAGUCAGAACCACACCGGAAUCAGGAUUCAAGAUAAUUUUAUUCCUGUUC